UUUAGCACAGUUGGCAGCUCUCACACUGGUCUACGAUUUUUUGUCAAUUUUGCUGCGGAAAAUAUAUUGAAAAACACAGAUAAAAUGGCCUCUCACGGCGAUUUGAUUGCACAAUUCAUAGAAAUCACCGGAACGGACGAGAAUGUGGCCCGGUUCUACCUGUCCAGCUGCGACUGGGACAUAGAGCACGCGCUGGGCAACUACUGGAGCACCCAGGCGGAUUUGCCGGUGCCGCCGCAGUCGGUGGGCCAUGCGGACAAUCCCAAGCCCAAACCAAAGCCGACUUCGAGUAGUGGAGCGGGAGCAGGAGCAACUGCAGCAGCAGCGGGAGCCACCAAAAGUCCAGACGCUGCGGGCUCAUCUUCAUCGGCCGCUUCGGUGGACAUUGCCCCGGCUGCGUCCAAGGCCAAGCCAAAAUUCGCCACCCUUAGCGACAUGUCCAAGGAGCCGUCCAGCGACGACGACCAGCAGGCCUUCUAUGCCGGCGGCUCAGAUCGCUCCGGUCAACAGGUCCUGGGCCCGCCGAAGCGCAAGAAUUUCCGCGAACAGCUCACCGACAUGAUGCGUUCUGCGCAGGAGCAAAACAUCGCAGAGGUGGGUCCUUCCACCAGCAGUGGCGGCGGCGGCGGAGGACCCAGUGGUGCCGUCUGGGGCCAGGGCAUGCGGCUGGGCAUGACCGACAAUGAUCACACGGCCGUGGGCACCAAUAAGCCGGCACAGAGCAGCGAAAACAAACCGGUGGUGGUGCUGAAGCUCUGGAGCCAGGGCUUCUCCAUCGACGGCGGCGAGCUGCGUCACUAUGACGAUCCGCAGAACAAGGAGUUCCUAGAGACUGUCAUGCGCGGAGAAAUUCCUCAAGAGCUGCUGGAAAUGGGCCGCAUGGUCAAUGUGGACGUAGAGGAUCACCGGCACGAGGACUUCAAACGCCAGGCAGCCCCGCAGACAUUCAAGGGAUCCGGCCAGAAGCUGGGCAGUCCUGUGGCCAAUGUGGUCACCGAGGCGCCAGCAGUUGCAGUGGCACUGUCGCCCGCUGAGUCAGCAAACCAGGAGGCCAGUGCCCGCGAUGCCAUCAACUUGAAUGCCGAAGCACCGUCCACAACGCUGCAGAUUCGUCUGGCGGAUGGCUCGCGUCUUGCUGCGCAGUUUAAUCUGACGCACACGGUUUCGGACAUUCGUCGAUUCAUUCAAACGGCACGGCCACAGUACUCAGCCAGUAACUUUAUCCUGGUGUCCUCGUUCCCCACGCGCGAAUUGAGCGACGACAAUUCCACCAUCGAGAAGGCUGGCCUCAAGAAUGCGGCUCUCAUGCAGCGCCUCAAGUAACUUUAAGUUAAAUACACGCCUAAACUACCUAUGAAAUAAAACUGGAUUUGGUGAAGUCGGGGAAAACCUAUGCGGCCGAGUCCGAUGUCUAUAAUUGUCUAUGAUAUAUACAAUAUACCAAAAUUUUGUGCUAA